GCACCCAGCAGCUGGGACUUCAGCACCAUGUGGAGCUGAGCUGCACCUCUUAUAGCACUCACACUCCCUGCUUUCCAGAUAUCAUCAGCUCUGCUUUGGUUCUGGGCGCGUCCCAGGAGCGCACAGAGCGGCACAAACUGGGAAACAAGAAGAGAGAGAGAGAAAGAGAGAGAGAGAGAGAGAGAGAGAGAGAGAGAGAGAGAGAGAGAGAGAGAGAGAGAGAGAGAGAGAGAGAGAGAGAAAUACAACAACAGAAAAAUCCUAACAGAGUUGAGUGCAGCGCAGACAGGUCUCCGCUCUUUACAACAGCAGCAGGCUGACUGCAGAAGAGUUAAUGAAAAAAAUCAAAUCAGCGGAAUAAAGAAAGCGAAAAAAGCCGAACUUGGAUAUGGCCGCAGUGAAUGCGCUCAGGCUUCUCGUUGGAGUUGUUUUCUUGUUGCUUUGUGUGUGGAAUAUCCAAGCGCAGAUCGGUGACGGGGUUUCUUACUCCUAUGAGCAAGAUGGAGAAGAGGGUGCAGCAGUGGAUGUGAGGCUGUACAGUCACCGGUGGAGGAGGUGGCUUCCCCCAAAACCUCGUAACAUGGACAGUAACAGAGCCAGCCAGGAGAAGGAACAGGAGGCAGAACCAGGGGAACCUGAAGGUUUCCCCGGCCUGUUCUCUGCAGAGGACACUGAUAACAGCUCCCAGAUUGAGGAGGACAUGGAUCACAACUACUACACAUCAAAAACAUACGGCCCCUCAGAUCCUAUGAGCAAAGACUUGUGGGUAAAUAUUGAACAGAUGGAGAAGGACAAAGUAAAGAUCCAUGGGAUUCUAUCCAACACACACAGGCAGGCGGCGAGAGUUAAUCUGUCCUUCGAUUUCCCGUUUUAUGGACAUCUCCUGCGUGAAAUCACUGUGGCAACUGGUGGUUUUAUUUACACUGGAGAUGUGGUUCAUCGGAUGCUCACAGCAACACAGUACAUCGCUCCCCUGAUGGCCAACUUUGACCCAAGUGUCUCAAGAAACUCUACUGUUAUUUACUUUGACAAUGGCACUGCUCUGGUGGUGCAGUGGGACCACGUCCACCUGCAGGACAACUACAACUUAGGCAGCUUCACCUUUCAGGCCACACUGCACAAUACGGGAAGGAUUGUCUUUGCAUACAAAGAGCUUCCCAUCGAGAUAUCACAAAUCAGCUCCGUCAAUCACCCGGUGAAGGUUGGCCUGUCUGACGCCUUUGUGGUGGUCCACAAGAUCCAGCAAAUACCCAACGUGAGACGGAGAACAAUUUAUGAAUACCACCGUGUGGAGCUCACAAAGACCAGGAUCACAAACUCUUCUGCUGUGGAAAUGUUGCCUUUACCCACCUGUCUCCAGUUCACCAGCUGUGGUUCCUGCAUCUCCUCUCAGAUAAACUUCAACUGCAGUUGGUGUCAUCGGCUCAACAGAUGUUCCAGUGGCUUUGAUCGCCAUCGCCAGGACUGGGUGGAUAACAGUUGCCCAGAUGAGACCAAAGACACGAUGUGUGACACAGAUGAUACAACCCAACUGAACCCCUUCACCACCACUACUAUCACUGCUAGAACAGCACUGAGGAGUAAAGGAACCACAGCAGGCUGGGACAAACCUUCCACCUCUGACCCUCCUAACAGUACUCCCACUGAAGAUGAUACCAAGAUUCCAAUGCAUCUCAGAGACAGCCAAGUUAUGCCAGCUGAUAGCGCCGUUAACAGAGGCCCAGGCACCCAUCCUCUACACACUGGUCUGAUCCUUGGCAUCCUGCUUGUAAUGAUUGUCAUGAUAGCCGGCGUGCUGAUAACUGUCUAUGUGUACCAUCACCCGACGUCCGCAGCCAGCCUCUUCCUCAUUGAGAGACGUCCAAGCAAAUGGCCGGCCAUGAAAUUUCGCAGAGGUUCUGGUCAUCCUGCAUAUGCAGAGGUGGAGCCAGUGGGCCAUGAGAAGGAGGGCUUUAUUGAGUCAGAGCAGUGCUGAGGCUGGAGGUGAGGUGACCUCAUCCCCACCUGAUCCCAGCCUCGACCCAUCCUGCGUCUUACCUCCUGCUUCACCAGGAACCUCUCACCCGACACCUCCAGGACUGACCCACCGGUUAAGGAGCUUUGGUAAAACUCUUAAUUUGGCCGUUUAGAGCUGAAUGAAAGCCAGAGAACAGCUCCGGUCAGUGGAGCAGACUUACCGUGGACAGAGGGGAGGAGACAGCACUGAGACGUCAUCAUUCAGCUGAUACUGAUAAGGAUUUCUGGGCUGUUAUCAUGCUGCAUUGGAGGGCUUGGACUGACUUUAUUUUUGUCCAAUGAGGAAGCAGAAAGACCUACUACACAAUAUAUAUUUUUUAGAACCAAUAGAGUAUGUGAACAGAGAUUUCCACUUGAUUCUCAGUGGUGUUUAAGCCUUUGUAUAUCCAUCAGGUUUAUACUAGUUUUCUCUUUUAUUCCAGUGAUUUUUUUUUUAACUAUAUUUAGCAGGAUGGGGUUGGCACAUUGCUCUGGACUCUUUGUUGGUAUUGCCUUUCAAUACCACGGCAGAUGUAAUUGACUUUUCCACAGCCUGCUCUGCUGUGCGAUAUGUUGUGAGCAGAACUGUCACUGAGAUCUAUCAGAGCUCAUUCAGCUUCCUUUUUUUGGGGGAUUAAUCAAUGAUGAUUGGUUGUGGAAAUGUUUUUUUAUUUCUUUUCAUUGGUGAUGGGAACAUGCAUUUUAUGUUCUGUUUUUUUAUUACUGCUCGGUCAUUGUGCCCCUGACUAGAAUUUGCACAGUCUUCUUUCUCUCUCGUUCUCAUGCACAUUUUUUUUGUGCAAAUUUACAAGACAGGCGCUUGUGAGUGUGAAUAUAUUUUCUAAAAGUGUAGGUGAGAUGCUUGUAUGAAUACAAAGGAGUAGUUAACAGUAGCGAUGGGGUAUCUGCUUGCGGUAUGGGUGUUUCUGCUUUAGCUGGCUCUGUAAGGGUGAUUCUGAUAUUCAGAGGUACGGCUCAUCAUGAUAAUGAGUGAUAAAGAUUUGAGACUUUUCAACUUUAUCAAGGCUCCACACACUACUCCAUAUAUUCUUAAAAAA